AUGCCAAAAGUGUACACAAGCAUCGAGAUAGCUGCUCCACCUGCCGUCGUGAGAGAAAAGUUUCUCGACUUUGAGCAAAUCUCAAAAUAUGCGCCAAAUAGCUAUGUCCACAAACUCGCAGCUCCAGAAGGCAAGAUUGUAAAAGACCUGAUCGCUGGAGACAUCAUGCAUGUUUCCCUCAACAAGGGCAAAGUCAACUUCAACCCUAUCGUCCUGGAAAACACACCUCGCAAGUUCUGCUGGAGAGGUAAUCUCUUCGGGCUGUUUGCGGGUGACCAUGCAUUCCGAUUUGAGCCGGUCGGGUCGGAUGAGAAUAAAACGUUGUUUAUACAGGAAGAGGACUUUCUCGGACUCUUUGGAUGGACGAUGGGUAAGAGCUGGUUAGCAAAGCAGCUCGGGGCCAUGAAGAACACCGAGAAGAAUUACAAAGGAUUCAACGAGGAUCUCAAAGCAUGGGUCGAAGGGUCUGCGGCUGUCAGUGAGACAUGAUGGGUAUAGUUUGGAGUCUGUUCCAGAGUGUCCUUGAUUCG